UGAGUAUCUCAUUUUUAAGGAAGAUUAUACAAAAUAACCUAUGUAAUGCAGUAUUUCCUUAAAUGUUUCAGAUUUCGGCGAAAAUAAAAUGAUAAUCAUUCACACGUUGCUCAUAAUAGCCAAUGUGUAUUAUUUAAGGGCGCAACCAGAAAAUAAUACGACGAUAUGCCCUCUACAAGACCCUGCUGUUAUGAAUUUCCGGAAAUAUCUUGAAAUCGACACGAGUCGCAGUGAAAAUUUAUACAAAGCUGUGGAUUUCUUGCGAUCGUUAUCUUCAGAAAUCGGGUUAGAUUUCGCUGUGUAUACACCAGCUGGGAUUCCCAUAUGCGUAUUAACUUGGCCGGGAGUCGACCCCUCAUUGCCCAGCAUCAUGCUUAACUCACAUAUGGACGUCGUGGAAGCUGACGAGGCUCGCUGGAAGUACCCGCCAUUUGCAGCGCACGUCGAUGAAAAUUGCAAUGUAUAUGCACGCGGUGCGCAGGACACCAAAGACGUGGGUAUCCUAUACAUCGAAGCCAUCCGGAGGUUAAAGAAACAAAAUGCUGCAUUGAACCGCACAAUACAUAUAACGUUCAUGCCUGCAAUGAAUUUCACUGUCAUGGGAACUGGUGGUCACGGAUUUCUGAUGCCAGGAGAUGUAGCUGUUGAAAAGUUACAAAGACUGUUAGAUGUAAUGCUAAAUUACAGAAAAUCUCUGAGAGAAGCUGUGGCAUCGGAAGAGCCAACAAAUUAUGGUCCUUACACUUCGUUGAACAUCAAUAUUAUUAAUGUAAAUUCCUGGGCGGAGUAUGCUGGUGAAGGAACAAAAUUGGAGUUUUUGAGACAGGAGAUGGAAUCAUCGGCCACGUCUGUAGACGAUAAUAAUCCAUAUUGGGUGACUUUAAAAAAUACCAUUAAUGAAUUAGGCGUCAAAUUGGUACCUAUAAUAUGCCCGGCUACAUCAGACAUGUUGUUUGUGAGAAACUAUGGAAUUCCGGCGCUGGGCUUCGUACCCGUAUUCCGAACCACACAAAAAUUACACCAAGAUAACGAAUAUAUAAAUCUGGGAAUAUUUUUGCAUGGCAUUGAUAUUUAUGAAGCUGUUAUAAGGAACUUAGGUAAUCUACCAAGAAUUUUAUGAUUUAGUAACUAAUCACAAAACCCGAUUCGGAAUCCUUAGAUUUAAUUUAUUUGUUUAUUAUAUUAUU